GCUUUUAGUGUUUGCUCGCUGACACAGAGGUUUCUCAACGGAACAGAGAGAAGAGAGGCAUGUUCGUCAAUGGCGAUUAAGCGUUCAGGACCAGAAAUUCGGGAAAGAGAAGCUCCAAAUGAAUGGCCAGAGUCUCCACGCGACAACUAUUUCCAUUCCGAAACACCCUUUUCACGCGCCCCAUCACAAGCGCCAAAACUUGCACUUCAUCUUUGCGCAAUGAAAAAAACCCAACAUUCUCACUCUUCUCCCCUUUGCAUUUCGAAACGCUUCUUCAACGCUCGUGCCACAGCGUUCACCAUCUUCUUCAAACCCAAGCCCUUCUCAUCACCUCAACCCUUUUCCGUAACCCCUUCUUGGCACGCACCGUUUUGAGUCGUGCCUCUCAUUUAUGCCACGUCGCUUACACCCUUUUGAUCUUUCGACACCUUAAUUCAUUCGACACCUUUUGUGUCAACACGGUGAUCAAUGCUUAUUCUAAUAGCCAUGUUCCUCAUCAAGCUCUUGUUUUUUACUUUCACUCUUUAAGGAAUGGUUUCUUUCCCAAUAGCUACACCUUCGUCCCACUCGUUGGUUCGUGUGCAAAAAUGGGUUGCAUUGAUUAUGGGGGAGAGUGCCAUGCCCAGGUUAUUAAGAAUGGUGUUGACUCUGUGUUGCCCGUGCAGAACUCUUUGAUUCAUAUGUAUGCUUGUUGUGGGGUUAUUAGGGUUGCUAGGGUGAUUUUUGAUAGCAUGUUGACUCGGGAUUUGGUCUCGUGGAACUCAAUUGUUGAUGGGUAUAUGGUGGCUGCUGAAUUAAGUGAUGCGCACCAGUUGUUUGGUGUAAUGCCUGAGAGGAAUUUGAUUACUUGGAAUGUCAUGAUUAGUGGGUAUUUGAAGGCUAGGAACCCUGGUUAUGCAAUGAAGUUGUUUCGGGAAAUGUGCAGGAUGGGAUUGAGAGGUAAUGCAAGGACUAUGGUCUGUGUGGCCACAGCUUGUGGUCGGUCGGCAAGGUUCAAAGAGGGGAGAUCAGUUCAUGGGAGCAUCGUGAGGAUGUUUAUGAGGUCAAGUUUGAUUCUUGAUACAGCUUUGAUAGAUAUGUACUGUAAAUGCGGGAGGGUGGAGAUAGCACAGAGAGUGUUUGAGAGGAUGACAAACAGGAAUUUAGUUUCGUGGAAUGCAAUGAUCUUAGGGCACUGCAUUCGUGGGUGUCCUGAAGAUGGAUUGAACCUGUUUGAUGUAAUGGUUGGGAUGGGGAAGAUGAAACAUGAAAUUGAGACUGAUCAGAGUCUGAGUGCAGAUAGAGGUCUGGUGAGGUUACUCCCUGAUGAAGUAACCUUCAUUGGCAUCCUCUGCGCCUGUGCAAGGGCAGAGCUGUUGAGUGAGGGCAGGUCUUACUUCAAACAAAUGACUGAUGUAUUUGGUGUGAAGCCCAAUUUUGCUCAUUUUUGGUGCAUGGCAAACCUUCUUGCAAAUGUGGGGCAUGUUGAUGAGGCAGAAGAGUUCCUGCAGAGCAUGGCAAAAUUUGAUGGGGAUAUGUCAUAUGAGUCAUUGAUAUGGGCAAGUUUGCUUGGUUUAUGUUGUUUCAAGAGAGAAGUCUACUUGGGGGAACAAAUUGCUAAGCUUCUUGUUGACAUGGAUCCUAAGAACCUCGCAUGUUACCAGUUUUUAUUGAUCAUAUAUGCUGUGGCUGCUCAAUGGGAGAACGUAUCUAGAGUACAAAAUCUGAUGAAGGAAAGAGGAAUAGAGAUAAUACCUGGAAGCAGUCUUAUGGACUUGAAAAAUAUUGUUCACAAUUUCAAAGUGUCAAACAAAGGGCAAGAGGGAAUUGAAGCGGUAAACAUGAUGAUGGAUGAGCUAGCUCUCAGAUUCAGGUUGCCAAGUUCUGAUUUAGGCCAGUCAUCAGUAGGCCAGAAAGAGAAUACUAGCUAGAAUAAUGGUGAAGAUGAUGAUGAAAGAUAACCCAAAUCCUUUAGCAAGUAGAAUUCAAUUCACAUUUUUUAAUAAGUUUUGUUGGUCCAAACAUCCCAUCCACUCAACCAAACCAUA